AUGUCUAAUCCACAAGCACAACUUCAAGUAUUACAAGAACAAUUAAUAAAGGCUCGUGAUGAGUUUCAAAAGCAAGAAAAAGAGAUUCAAAAGAUACAACAAGCUAGAGCAACAUUAUUAACACAACAAAAUGAAAAUGAAAUGGUAAAGAAAGAGUUUGAUCUAUUAGAAAAGGAUGCCAAUAUAUUCAAGUUGAUCGGACCUGUAUUAUUUAAACAAUCAAAAGAAGAAGCUGAAACUACUAUCAAUGCUAGAUUAGACCUUAUUUCAAAGAAUCUUAAACAAGUUGAAUCAAAUUAUAAAGAUGUAGAAAAGAAAGCAUUGGAUCAACGUACAAAGAUCUUUGAAACACAAGGAAAGAUGAGAUCUAUAAUGCAACCUCAACAACCUCAACAACCACAACAACAAUAA